AUGCCUUUAGCUCGCCAAGACGACCCGCCGGAGCCGCCCCAGCUCAACAAUCAAUCCAUCAGCCACUUGUCUGCAACUAAUAAUUCCAACAUUUUUGCAGGCAAAGUCGGAGAUGUGUACAUUGGCGAAAGCCAAAACUUGAACAAUGUGCUCAAGUUCUUGCCUAUCACAACGGACGCGCCGUUCAACGCAUACGACCGCCAGGACGAACCUGCCUGCCUUCCUAACACGCGCGUCGACCUUCUACGAGAGAUAUAUGACUGGGCUGAUGGAGAGGAUGGACAAGAUGAGCGAUGCAUCUUCUGGCUGAGCGGCCUAGCUGGGACGGGAAAGUCAACAAUCUCCCGCACCGUCGCCCGCAGAUACAGUGAGCAGAAGCGUCUUGGAGCCAGCUUCUUCUUCUCAAGGGGCGGCGGAGACGUGAGCCAUGCCGGCAAGUUCUUCACAAGUCUUGCCGUACAGCUCGCGGAUGCUGUGCCAUCUCUCCGAGCACAUAUCUGUGACGCUGUGAUGCGGCGGAGCCAUAUUGCGAAUCUGUCCCUCCUCGACCAGUGGCGCGAGCUCGUCCUCCAUCCAUUGUCAAAGUUAGAUAAGCGCCUAUCUCCGUCUUCCUAUUUGCUCAUUGUUGAUGCCCUUGAUGAGUGUGACAACGAAGGCCACGUUCGCACAAUUCUACAGCUUCUAGCUGAAGCUCGAUCGUUAACAACGGUAAGACUUCGAGUUUUCUUGACAAGCAGACCUGAAGUUCCAAUUCGACACGGCAUACGUGCUAUCCCACAAACCGAACACCAGGACUUCGUACUCCACGACAUAGAGCCAGCAAUUAUCAACCAUGAUAUCUCUCUUUUCUUGGAACACUAUCUAGGGACAAUCGGGCAAGAGUGGGCUCUUGGAUCAGAGUGGCCAGGCGAUAAAAUUUUGAGACAGCUGGUUAUCCAUGCUAGUGGACUCUUCAUCUGGGCGGCAACAGCAUGUCGAUUUAUAAAGGAUGGCGAAGAGUUCGCUGAAGCCAGGCUUGAUGAGAUUCUUGAGGGCACUGGCUUUGAAGGGGCACCGGAACAGCAUCUCGAUCAAAUAUAUAUUACUGUACUUCAAAACUCCAUACCUACCACUUUCAGAUCAGCGGAGAAAGUGCGGUUAUAUGCAAUACGGCGAAGAAUUCUUGGAAGCAUUAUUAUCUUAUUUUCCGCCCUUCCCUCUGCCUCAUUAGCAAAGGUAAUUAGCAUCUCUGAGAUACGGGUUACGCAGACUCUCGAAAGACUACAGGCUAUCUUAGAUUUUCCAAAGGAUGUUGCUGGAUUACUUCGCCUCCACCACCCUUCAUUUCGCGACUUUCUCCUCAAUAAAGACCGAUGUGGGGAUUACUGGGUAGAUGAGGAGGAGGCACACCAGCUAGUAGCUACUAGCUGCAUACAAUUAAUGUCCCAGACACUCAAGAAGGACAUUUGCGAUAUGCAUGCUCCUGGUACUCAGGCUAGCCAAGUUGACUGCAGUCGUCUACAGGAAUGCCUUCCGCCGGAAGUUCAAUACGCAUGUCUCUACUGGGUCCAGCAUCUGCAACGGAGUGGCUCUCAGGUUUACGACAGCGAAGUAGCCUACCGAUUUUUACAGGCUCAUUUACUGCACUGGCUUGAGGCACUUGGGUGGAUGGGCAAGACCUCAGAAGGGAUUCAAGCAUUAUUGUCCUUGGAAGCUUAUGUUUCGGUAAGCUAUCCUUCUAUUAUACAGAAAUUUCUAACUUGUCUUUAG